CCGUAAAGGCUUCACACAAUGACUAGACAAGCGCGCGUACGCAUCGGUCAAAGCAUUGGUGCUUAAAUUGCCCUUGCAUUGAAAGUUUGUUGGCCUGAUCGAUGAUGCGUGCGUCCGACCAUAACAGGAUUUGAGUACUGUACAUGUACCCGUAUAAGCGCACGUGCAUCCGAAUGCCGACUGUCGCUAGUUUUUGCCGAGUAUGGCCGCCUUUUCUGUGCUGAGUUUCAGCGACAACCCCGUUUUCAAGCAGUAUGCCACCUACGCAGCCGUGGUCACGCUGAAGAUGAUGUUCCUGUCGUAUUUGACCGGAAGAUACCGAAUGUCUCGGAAGGUUUUCAUUAACCCGGAGGACGCUCGGGGUAAGAUGGAGUUGGUGCGACGGGAUGACGACGUUGAACGAGUUCGAAGAUGUCACCGUAACGACGUGGAGAACAUCCCGCCUUUUCUGGUCCUGGGCCUCCUGUACGUCCUGACCGGACCCAGCGCCUCCGCUGCAGCCUGGCACUUUCGGGUCUUCGUUGCAUCUCGUUUCUUCCACACUGUGGCCUACCUGACGCCCCUGCCGCAACCAUCUCGCUUUCUCGGGUUCCUGGUAGGCGCUGUCACCAACAUCUCCAUGGCAGUGCAGGUGAUUAUGAGCGGACAGCUGUAGCAUUGGAUUGUCAUGUCAGAAUGCGUCAAAAUCGUGAGCAGACUGCAGACGAAGAUCUCCAUCGACUACAGCCUUCUAGAGAUUUACCAUUCGUACGAUGACCUUAAAGGACUUUUCAGACUUGAUUUUUUUCAGAUGUCUAUCUUCUCUUGCAGCAUUCAGUAACACCAAUUAUCUUUUCAACAUAAUUGCUUUUGCGAUCGUUUCUUUGUUACACUUAAAAAUAUUUGGUUCCAUUACCGUGAUUUCUUGCGAUGCAUUUAAAGACAUUGGGAUAUUAAAGAUUUGACGUUCAGUGAAACUAUGAA